AUGGUUGGCCUAAGCCCGUAUAUACUUUCUGCCUUUGCGGCAUACUUCGUGACGCCGACGACUGGGGUCAUCUUCAAACCUCAAAAUGAAUAUAAGAGUCUAUCAACCAGCAAUCCAUCCUUUGCUGUUGAUUUGCAGUCGUGGCUUAACAAUCGCGCUUUCGGCAUGAAACCAAAUGAGUCCAGCUUUGAUAGUGAUGGAAGCUUCGACAACAUCCUGGUGCAGGGACAGACAGUUGACAUCCCUCGAGGCAAUUACUUCAGCUAUCAUAUGCUCGCUGCGUCUGAAUCAGGAAUGGCCUCCAGCUCCGUCACAGCAAAAUAUGCAGACGGCAGUUCUACAAGCGGUCCACUUUUGGUGCCUGCCUGGUGGAGCUGGCCAUACCCUGCAGGGGGAGAUCUUAUAUUCACCCACUAUCUGACAGAGAACGAGACCAACUUCAAUCGGUCCAAUAUCUUCCAGACGACCAAUUGGCUGGAUUCUUCUAAGGAACUGGUAUCCUUGACCUUCCCGAACAGUUCUGCUGGAGCAUCCACAUCCCCCGGCGGUGCGUCAGUCGAUACAAAACUGCAUGUCUUUGCCCUCUCGUUGAUUCCAGUGACAAAGGUUGAGUGCAAUUCAACCCGUCUGUCGGUUCAGUAUGCCCGUUCCACUCAGAAAUGGAUGGAGGGUACCGACAAGGUUCAGAUCGUGGAAGUCAUCGUCAACAACGUCGGAUCCGAAUUUGUACUUCGCAAGCACGAUGCGCGAGUCAUCAUUGAUGCACCCGGCUUAGAGACGGUGACCGAAGGUGUCAUAAAGAGACUUGGACCUGGUGAUCAAGCCAUCGUCGAAGUUGGAGUUCGGAAUCGUCAGGGACAUGAUUCGGGGUCAACUGGUCCUGCAACCGUGAAGAUCCAAGGCCAUCAUGUGUCGUCCUCAACAUACGAAUUCCAGGCAACAUACGGGAUCAAAAAGUACGAAGCUACGUACGAGUCCGUCUACAGCCACGAGUCACCAAAUUGGUACAAUAACGCCAAGUACGGUAUCUUUAUUCACUGGGGAGCAUACUCGGUUCCUGGCUGGGGGAACGUGGAUCAGCUCAUCUCCCUCUCAUUCUCAAGGUACUGGUGGGCUCUGAACUCAGGUCCUAAUGCUUCCUCGGAGACGUAUCAAUAUCAUCUUAAAACUUAUGGCAAGGACUUUGUCUAUGACGAUUUCAUUCCUCAAUUCUCUGUGAGCGCAUGGGACCCAAAAGAAUGGGUCGACUUGUUCGCGGACGCCGGAGCGAAUUACUUUGUUCAAGUUAGCAAGCACCACGAAGGAUAUGCGCUAUUUGAUCUGCCAGAGAAUGUGACGAAGCGGACAUCGAUCGCUUUGACACCCCAUCGCAAUCUUAUCAAGGAACUGUUCGAUGCCUCCAAGAAGUACCAGCCUCAUUUACAUCGUGCCGUGUACUACUCUCUCCCUGAAUGGUUCCACCCGGACUACAAGAAAGUUACUAAGAAUGCUCAAGGCAAUGCGACCAACCCCUUCACUAACGAAUCUCUGCCAUACACGGGCUAUGUUCCUCUCAACGACUACGUGACCGACAAGAUCGUCCCUGAGAUGAACACCCUAGCAGAACUAGGCACAGAAAUCAUGUGGUGCGACAUCGGCGGACCCAACAAGACCCAGGAAUUCGCUAGCGCAUGGUUCAACAAGGCCGCCGAGCAAAAUCGCCAAGUGGCCAUGAACGCCCGUUGCGGUCUUCCCGGAGACUUUGAUACGCCCGAGUAUGCCCGUUACAAUGGCGUUCAAGUGCGCAAGUGGGAGAGUAAUCUGGGAAUGGAUCCAUUCAGUUACGGCUACAAUCGCGCCACACCCCUCGCAAGCUACAUGAAUGCUAGUGAGAUUGUGACGAGCCUGAUCGAUAUCGUCAGCAAGAACGGUAACUUCCUGCUAGACGUCGGUCCCACUGCUAACGGGACGAUCAUCGACGUGGAAAAACAGCAUCUGCGAGAGGCCGGCAAAUGGAUCAAGAGCCACGCGGAGGCAAUCUUCAACACUACUUACUGGUUUGUCACGCCACAGGAGGGAGACAACAUUCGGUUCACUAUUUCCGAAGACGCCUUUUACAUUCACGCUCUCGCCAAACCGAACAGUACCCUGACUUUGAAUAGCCCUGUCCCGUGGAUGCAGAAUGAUCGGGUGACUGUUGUCGGAGGCAAGAAACAUGGGGAGAUUGUGCCUUCUCACAAAACGGACAACGGUUCUGUCGUUUUUUCAGUGAGCGAGGAGGUUGCUUGUGCUGAUCAGUUUGCAUGGGUGUUCAAAAUUUUGUACUAA